CUAUAAAAUCAAUGGGGGCGAGGAGAAAGGAAGACCUUCCCCGGGCAGCGUUUGCUGCUCUCCUCGCCCCCUCUCUUCCCUCCUCUGGCUUCCGCCCUCCGGUGUGUCCCAGGGGUCCAGGCAGGGGAGGGUCUAAGCGUUGGCCGCCUGGGGGAGCGUCGUAGGACCGCCCGCACGAGCGUUCGAUCCGAGGGACACUGGCAGAAGGAGAAGGCUCGCGGCUGGCCCACUCCAUCUCUCUGCAGCUUGCCGGCUUUGCUUUUGUGCCGGUGCCUCGGGGCUGCAAGGAGGGUGCGCUGGCGGAGGAGGGGGGCCUGGGGAGAGAGACACCCCAUUCACGCGCGCGCGCAUACGCCGCCGACGCACGCACACACCCGCGGACAGAGUCACAGACACGCACACACACACGCACAAAGCUCACUCGCCUCGAGCGCACUAACGUGCCAGCUCUCUUUGUGUGGAGCUCUCGAGGGGGGUUGGGGCCCGGUCCGGUCCGGGGGAGAUGGCGCAGCCCAUCCUGGGCCAUGGGAGCCUGCAGCCCGCCUCUGCCGCUGGCCUGGCGUCCCUGGAGCUCGACUCGUCGCUGGACCAGUACGUGCAGAUUCGCAUCUUCAAAAUCAUCGUGAUUGGGGACUCCAACGUGGGCAAGACCUGUCUGACCUUCCGUUUCUGCGGGGGGACCUUCCCAGACAAGACUGAGGCCACCAUUGGCGUGGACUUCAGGGAGAAGACCGUGGAAAUUGAGGGCGAGAAGAUCAAGGUGAUCCAGACGGUUCAAGUAUGGGACACAGCAGGUCAGGAACGCUUCCGCAAGAGCAUGGUGGAGCAUUACUACCGCAAUGUGCAUGCAGUGGUCUUCGUCUAUGACGUCACUAAGAUGACAUCCUUCACCAACCUCAAAAUGUGGAUCCAAGAAUGCAAUGGGCAUGCUGUGCCCCCACUAGUCCCCAAAGUGCUUGUGGGCAACAAGUGUGACUUGAGGGAACAGAUCCAGGUACCCUCCAACUUAGCCCUGAAAUUUGCCGAUGCCCACAACAUGCUCUUGUUUGAGACUUCAGCCAAGGACCCCAAAGAGAGCCAGAACGUGGAGUCAAUUUUCAUGUGCCUGGCUUGCCGAUUAAAGGCUCAGAAGUCCCUGCUCUAUCGUGAUGCUGAGAGGCAGCAGGGGAAGGUGCAGAAACUGGAGUUCCCACAGGAAGCUAACAGCAAAGCUUCCUGUCCUUGUUGAAACCAAAUGGUGUAAAUACAAGAUCAAUUAUUACUGGA